ACUAGACAUGAUGUAUCAUUUAACUAUCAUUUUCAUGCUACUGUUACAUUUUAACUUUGCUGAUAUUUUGACUUACAUGGUAAAAUAGUUUUGUGAACGAAUUUCUUGCUUUAUUAACUAGAUCUGUUGUUAUUAUGGUAGGGGAUGGACUUAGCACAACAUGUGGCUAACAUGUCUGAUAGAAACAGUAGCGGCAAGCAAGCUGUUUGGACAAGUGCCAUGUCAUCCUUUGUGCUUAAGUUCAUGGCUAACCUAGUGGCUGGUGGCACGAGAACCACCAAGGGUUUCAAGGAAGUUCAUCAUAUAAGUUGUGCCAAGGCUUUGAAUGAGUUUUUCAGAAUAAAUUUAACUGCCAUUCAAGUUUCUAACCACAUUAGAAAGUGGAAAAAGAAAUGGGGGAGGAUUAACAAACUGAAGAGCUUAAGCGGUGCUAUUUGGGAUGAGCAUACAUGCACCAUUGUGCUUGAUCAGGAGCAUUACACGGGUUACAUUAAGGACCACCUUAGUGAUGCCGACUUCUUGAACAUUCCAAUUGAACACUAUCAUGAGAUGGCCACAAUUUGUGGCAGUGGUACUUCAGGUGUAUAUGCUAGGGGAACCAGUGAACCUAUUGCUACAGAUGUGACUGAGAAUGAAUCUGAAAAUGGAAAAAGCAAUGGAGAGAGUGACUCUCUUGCUACAGAUGAAACUGAGGAUGAAACUGAAAAUGGAAAAACCAAUGGAAGGAGUGACCCUCUUGCUACAGAUGUGACUGAGAGUGAAAAAACCAAUGAAGAAGCCACAAAAUGCUUCACUAACACUGAGGUAGGGAACUUUGGUGAUCCCACUGGCAGUGUACCAUCACCAAAGAAGGCCAAGGAAAUGCACUUGGAACAGCAUGCAGAUAACAUGGGAGGUAACGAUGAUGGUGGUGGGGUAGUUGUUUGGGCAAAUGCCACGUCGUCCUUUGUGCUUCAGUUCUUGGCUAACCUAGUGGCUGGUGGAAUUAGACCCCCUCAUGUUUUCAAGCAAGUUCAUCUUAAAUGCUGUGCGCGGGCUUUGAGUGAGCAUUUCAGGGUUCAAGUGAAUGUCACACAGAUUUCUAACCAUCUUAGGAAGUGGAAGAAAAUAUGGGCAAAGGUUAACACGCUGAAGAGUGUAAGUGGCGCUCUUUGGGAUGAGAGUACUUGCACCAUUGUCCUUGAUCUUGAGCAUUACACAGCUCACGUUAAGGACCACCAUCAUGAUGCUGACUUCUUGAACACUCCAAUUAAGCACUAUCGUGAGAUGGCGACAAUCUUUGUCAAGGAUACGACUUCAUCCAGGCCUGCUAAGAGUAGCAGUAAGCGUCUUGUUAGAAGCUUGACUGAGAAUCUAAUUGAAAAGGAAAACAUGGAUGGAGAGAAUGACCUUAUUGCCAAAUGCGUUGAAGAGGCCACAAUGUCUUUUACUGACUCGGAUGAAGGGAAUGGUGAUUCCUCUGGCAGUUUACCACCGCCGCCAAAGAAGGCCAAGGUAAAAAAUGAUGAAAGCAUGCUUUGUACAAUGACCCGUACUCUUGACCGGCUCACACAAGCUAUAGAGAAGUGCAGCAAGGUAGAUACCGAUGUCCCUGAAGACCUUUGGGCUAACAUGAAGGAUCUCCCUGGGUUUGAACAGGAACAUCUCGCCCACUACUAUGCUUAUCUGUGUGAGAAUCCUGUAGUUGCUAGAGCAUUCUACAAGCUUAGCUGGUCCCCAAAAAUGAUUUGGGUUGCUAGGUACAUCAGGAACCACCUUUCAGCAUAGUACCUACUACUUUACCAAGAGUGGGUUAUCGUAGUACUUUCUUUGUGUAGUUUUGGCAUGAACCAAAGCAUAGAACUGUGGCUGAUGCUAGAAAAUCUCAUGGUUAGUUAUGAUAUACUGUACCUGGAGUUGGAGGAUGUCACAUGCCGAUUGCUUGUACUAGAUCAAGCAGGCAUGGUAAGAUUAGCCAGGAAGGCGCAGUAACUCUUCUCUGAUGUUUUAACUGUUA